AUGGGUCUAGGCACAGGAGCAGCUCCGAAUUCAGGCUCCCAUGAUGAUUUGUAUAAUAGUUCCAGUUGUUUUUAUAACGUUCUUGGAGUACCAUGGAAUGCUGACGAUACUGCUAUCCGAAAAGCGUACCGUAAAUUAGCAUUACAAUGGCAUCCUGACAAAAAUCCGAGCAAUAAUGAAGUUGCAGAACAAAAAUUCAAGCGUAUAACUCAAGCAUAUGAAGUAUUAUCAGAUCCAAAAAAGCGCAACUCGUAUGAUCGCUUACGUUUGACUGAUUCACAGCGUCACAAUAGGCAGUCACAUAAUGUUUUUCAUCAUCGAUUUCGCUCACCUUUCGAUAUCUUCCAGGAAUUUUUUAGCCAAAAAGACCUGUUUGAUGAUUUCAUGGUAGAUGGCAAAUCUUUUUCACCGUUCUUUUUUCGAAAUAGAUCCGACAGCGUUGAUUCAUUUUACAGGAGAGCGGGAAGUCAUGAAAAACGAUUUAACAACAGUGCCUUUUCUGGUGAUAAAAAUAAUGAACUUAUCAAUGAAAAUGACUGUAGUUUUUCAUCAGUAAUACAGUUCUCAUCUGCUGAGCCAGGAAAGAAUGCCUCCAGUCGUAAAACAACAACAAGUACGAAAAUAAUUGAUGGAGUCAAAAUUGUUACCAAAAGGGUAGAAGCAGAAGGUAAAGAAACCAUUGAAGUGAUUGAAAAUGGUGUGCUGAAAUCACGGGUCAUCAAUAAGUAUCCUGUUGGGGAAGUCACCGCUUAG